CCUGGAGGGCUUUCCUGAGCCCACUCGAGAGCGAAGCAGGGUCAGCAGCAGCCACCAUGUCUCAGAACACUCUCGCCAUCUGCGUCUUGUGGUUCCUGGCUCUCUCCUCGGCCUGUUACAUCCAGAACUGCCCCAUCGGCGGAAAGCGCUCAGUCCUGGACAUGGAUGUCAGAAAGUGCAUCCCCUGUGGACCUAGGAACAAAGGCCACUGCUUUGGCCCUAGCAUCUGCUGUGGAGCGGAGAUGGGAUGCUACUUUGGUACCUCAGAAACCCUGCGAUGUCAGGAGGAGAAUUACCUGCCGACACCCUGCGAGUCUGGCAGGAAGCCAUGCGGGCCCAACGGUGGGACCUGCGCAGCCCCUGGGAUCUGCUGUAACAACGAGGGCUGCAUGGUGGACUCGGCCUGUGACCAAGAAUCGCUGUUUUCCUAG